AUGGAUAAUCAUAAAACCCAGAAGGAUCAAUCGGAACCAGAGGUCUACGAGGUGAAGGCACCUCAUGCGGGAGCAGAGGGUCACACCUUCCUCGUGAGUCCUGUGGAUUCCACGCCCAUUCUGGCGCCCAUUCUCACCGCGGUGCCUGUGAUGAAGCCCCAAUCUCCUAAAGAAAAACCCAAGGAGGAGUUGGAGGAACUGGAUGACCAGCCCAGCUGCAGUUCCCAGGCGGUGGUGCCGCUUUCCUCCUCCCUCCCCUGCAAGUUGCUACGCAUGCACGCCAGGCGAUCCGCCCAGGCGCUGCUCCACCAAAUGGAAUCGCUGGACUCUCAACUGGGAAGCAGCAAUGGCAGCUCCUCGGAGGAUACCUCGCCCACGGCGCCACCCAUGUCGCCCACGGAUCAUCAGCUGGUGGAUGUGGGAAUGGGUUCUUCCAUUGGCGAUUCCGAGGAGUCUUCGGAAGAGGGUGAUGAACUAAAGCCCCUGGCGGUGGAUAAUCACAUCAUGCACGAGGUGGAAUUAAACGAAAGGCAAUCAACGCCUCCAGCUGUCUUGAGUGAGGCGAAUUUGGAAAAGUUCCGCAAGCACCAGAUGGAUAAUAUCUAUCUGCAUCCCAAUUUCACCCUGGAUGCUUCUCCACCUCCAGCGGUGGCCCCAGCCAACUCACCUGUUCUGGAGGCCAAGAGAAGUCAUCGCUCCUUCCUGGCGAUCAAGAAGGAAAAGGAGGUGGAACCUGAGCAGGAAAAGGAAGUUCAGAUCCCUCAGGAUUUAGAUGCCGAAUCCCAGGGACCCAAUGAGAUCGACACCCUCGAUCCCUCGCUCAUUCCCAGCGAGGAACUGGCCGCCGAGAUCACCGAUGCCGUGGAGUUCUACUUCUCCAACGAGAGCAUCCUCAAGGAUGCCUUCCUCUUGAAGCAUGUGCGUCGCAACAAGGAGGGUUUCGUUAGCCUAAAACUGGUCUCCAGUUUCAAGCGGGUGCGCCAGUUGACCAGGGAAUGGAAAGUAGUCGGCGAUGCAGUGCGUCGCAAAUCCCGCAAAAUUGAACUCAAUGAUGUGGGCACCAAGGUGAGGAGGAUUGAACCCCUGCCCAGUUUCGAUGAGACCAUGCCCUCGCGCACCAUUGUGGCCUGUGAUCUUCCAAUGGAUAAGCUUACUAUUGAAAAGGUUUCGGAUCUCUUCUCCCGUUGCGGUGAGAUUGCCUUGAUAAGAAUUCUAAAACCAGGAAUGGCUAUACCCGUGGAUGUUCGACAAUUCAUGAACAAGUACCCGGAACUGCAGCAAAAGGAGUGUGCUUUGGUGGAGUACCUAGAAUCCUCUUCCGCCCGGGAUGCCCGUCACCUGAGUGGUCCCUUCCAGGUGUACGAAAUGGUGGCGCCCAAGAAGAAGACCGGCAAAAAGGCAGCCGUCAUCCAGAUUGCCGCUCCAGUGGCCCGAAUGGUGGAGAACUAUCGUUACUACAAUGAUUCAAAUUACGAGAGGAGUCGCGGUGGCAGCUUCUCGGGUCACGAAACUGUUCCCGAUCUUCGCUUUAAACUCAAGCGUAAUAACUCGGAUUUCCAACCCAGUUACUAUCAGCAAAUGGGACCGAAUCAGAGUUAUCAGGGUUAUCAUACCAAUCCCUAUCAGCACUAUCAGCCACGCGGCAGCAUUGGUGGCAAUCAGAGCCAGGACAUGAAUCCCCAGGGUUUUUUCGGCUAUGGUCCGCGAAGAUACAGCAACACAUCAACGAUUUCGGCCAACACAGCGGCUGCCUUGGGCGAUGCUUCUCCGGUAUCCUCUGUUGCAAAUUCAGGCGGUAAUCCCGUGAGCAAUUUACAAAGACGUCUGUCCAACUGUUCCGAGCAGAACUUCUCACCAGAGGUGGUUAAUCCUCCUUCAAUGUCGCGAAGGGCUAGCAAUUGCUCGGAAACCGGGGGAAUUCCUCAGAGACGUGAUUCCAACUGCUCGGAGAGUUGUCCUUGCUCGAGGCGGGUUUCAGACUUUGGUCAACAGGCUGCCACAGAUAGUAACUACAGGAAGACCUCGGUCUGCUCCAAUGGCAGUUGUCCAGGCAAUCAAAACCAGGAGCGUCGCUUCUCCAAUGGAUCCAUGCAGUUCGAGAGGACCUUCUCGAAUGCCAGCGAGAGCAGCGGCUUCUAUCGUCGUCCCUCCAAUGAUUUUAAUAUAGAAAGGGAGCAGAUUCAAACGGAUCAGCUGGUGGGCGGCGGAGGCGGUGGCUACCAGGUGUGGCCACGUCGCUAUUCCAAUAAUUUCCAGCAGCUGAGCAGCAAACUGGCGGCCUACGAUAAUGCUCAGUAUAUCGGAGGCAGACGCAUCUCCACGGAUUCGGGCUACGAUCGUCGCUGCUCCUUUGGUUCAGAGGGAUUCGAGGGAUCUCCGCGUUCUCGCACGGGAAGUUUCCUCAGCAACUACAAGCAUGGAGGAGGAGACUAUGAUGGGCAGCCUAGAUCUCGAACUGGAAGCUUCCUGGAUGGUUCUCCCCGAUCGAGAUCCGGUUCCUUUGCCCAGCGGGCUGCCGAGAGUCUUGUGCGAACUCCCAUGGGUCCCGAUGGUAGCAAGGGUUUCGGCCAGCGAGCCAGGAAAUUCGGACAGACCAUUUCGCCAGUGAAUUAAGGGGGUUUUAUUUUUGUUGAUUAAUUUUAGGGGGAAGAUAAUAUGUGAAAUAAUAUGUGAAAUUAAUGGCUGUACACUGUGAUGCUGUCCAACUUGUUAGAAACGCCCCACACACUUACACCAUACGCACCCCCAAGAAACCUUAACCCAACCUAGGUUAAGAACAGAAACCUUUAGUUAACGAAUUUUUUGAUCACUGAAAUUUAUGAGGGUUUACGUGGGUUAAUGUGGAAUUUUGCUAGCCCUUAAACUUUUAUUUUUUUAAUAACCAUUCUUAUCACUGCCAAUAGUUUAAGGUAAAGAAAAUUAAAAAUAAUUGGUUUGGUAGACACUAAGGAUUAUAAUUAUUAAUCAACUUUUACGAUUGACCAUUAACCAGUUAUUAUUUGUUAUAUUUUUGAUAUAUUUUAUUUUAGAAGUAGAACACGGGCCCAACUAUUAUGACUUCUAUAAAUCUAGCUUAUUCAGCCGCCUAUAUCCUUAUGAGUUCACAAAAUAUUACUGCAAACUUGCAUGCAGGUCAAGUAUUCUUUUAUUGCCCAUAAACACUUUUAAUUAUCGUGCAAUUAGGUUAGAUGUAGGAUAGUCAAACCCAUUAAUCAAACUGCUGCCAUAAAACAUCAGUUAAAGAAUCGUGGCCAUAGUAAUACGGAUGUAUCAAGAGCCAAUAAAAAUUGAAUUAGAUUCUCAGGUCAUUAGGUUUUAGAAUUCGCAGGGCAGGCAAAAGUGUUUUCCACAUUUUCCACCUAUCCCACUCAUAGAUUUCCCCUCUUUUUUUCUUUUAUUUGUUUAUUAUUUUCAACACUUUUAUUCAAUUAGUUAGUAUAAUAAUCAGAUAUUUAGGAUUUAAGAACUUGGUUGU